GAGGAGAGUGCGAACAGCGUCGUCAACAACUUAACAUGGAUACAUAUCGUCUGUUCUCCAAGUCUUUCUGGGACUCUGAUUUGGCGGGUACGACUGGGUUUGACGCUUUAGUACGAAGACUAAAAGAUGGGAGGAAAAUGUGCAAAGACCUGGAGGAAUAUUAUCGUCAAAGAGGUAAGAUCGAGGCACUGUACGUGAAAGAGUUACAAAAGCUUACACGGAACAUGGAGUUCAGAGAUGAAAAUGGAGUGUUGGAUGAGUCAUGGAACGCCUUGAGAACACAAACGGAAAGAAUAACACAACAUCACCACACGGCUUCUAACCAUUUCACAGCACUGAUGUCAGAUAUGGAACGGCUGAACGAAAAUUUGAAAAUACGCGGCAAACAGAUAGAAGACAGAACGACAAAAUCUCACAGCUCGGCAAAAAGCUGCUUUACAAAACACAAUCAACUCCAGAAGACGUAUGAACAGAAGUGCAUGGACUACAGCGCUAUUCAACACGACAACAAAAGUAACGACUAUGUCGACCCGAAAACCACUCAAAAGCAAAAAACAAAAGAAAUAAAAGCAAAAGAUGAAAUGGAAAAAGCAGAUUGUCAAUACAGGUCUAUAGUAGAUUCUCUUCAAAACGCCCAGAGAAUUUGGGAGGAAGACAUGGAAAAUACUUGUGAGGUAUAUCAACAGUUGGACGUUGAGAGAAUUGACGUCAUCCGUGACGUUAUGUGGAAAGGAACAAACGUCGACUCUCAGAUGUGUGUAGACCAUGACAUGUGCUGUGAAUACAUACGAAAUCUUUUGGAGAAGUGCGUUAUUGAUUCAGAGAUAAUUGCUUUCGUAGAGCGGGCAAGAGUGGGAAGUAGGCAUCCGGCACAUACCGAGUACCAAAAUUAUUUCGAGAGGAGUCCAAACCCUAACAGAAAAAGACUGCCGCCAGCUCCACCGACUUCAGAAUUCAAGGAUUCAAUUUACCAGACCAUUACAUGAUGUCAUCAAUUGGUUAUGAAACAUUUAGCGAGAUAACGUUCAUCAUCCUCAGUCAUUAUCGAAGGAAUUCAUUUUUCCGUGAUUUUGGAAAUGGAUUAGAAGAUAAACCUUCUUGUUCCUAAACCAAGUCGUAACCAAAUCAAUGUAAAUGGACUGCACAAUUUCAUUAAAAAACAUCACUGUAAACCGUUAUAAAUCCGAGGGCGAAAAAUGAAUGCCAAUUUAUUAUUCAGCAUGUCUUUAUUGAAGAACUGACGGUUAUUUGUAAUUUUGAUUAAAGUAUUCCAUAAUCAUUCCAGACAAAGCCCUCCCCAUAAUCCAAGAACUAAUGCAAGAAUACCAAGAUUUUUCUCUCUUCUUUUACUGUCAAUUGCAAAAAAAAAA